UGGCGGUAUUGGAGGCUCUCGGGGCGGGGUAGCGCGCGGUGGCGGCGGCGCGGGAAGUUCUGAGGGACUCUGAGCUGUGGGAGUUGUGGUCUGGCUCCAUGGAAGACUACGAGGAAGAUCUGUAUGGUGUGGAGGAUGAUUUCCAAAACCAGUUCGCAGCUGAGCUCGAAGUGCUGGCUGAGCUGGAAGCAGGAACACGGGACCAGGCUCCUCCUGGGACCCUCCAAACUCCAGCGAGCCGCCCUCCGCUAACCUUCGAAGAGGCCAUCGCUGGUGGGGACACUGUCCCGCGUCCCUGCCCUGCAGGGUCGCCAGGAAAUGUCAACCGCAAUACUAGAAAGAAUGUUCGUAGGGACCAGCCCGCGCCCUCCAGCCCCAUGGUCAAACGACCCAGGUUGGACGUGGUGAAGAAGCUGAACUUUGAGCCAGAUAUGGAGGAGCUCUUAUAUCCAGAUUCCCCUCCUGGGGACAUUACCCCUCCACCGAGUCCAGAGGUCUUCCCUGAGAUGUUGGAUGCUGGGUAUUCAGAUGCUAAUGCUGACAAAGACCUCAUGCAGACAUUGCCAAGUCCCCGAAAUCGCAAUCCUGUCCUGAGACGGCCUCCUAUCUUAGAAGAUUAUAUCAAUGUGACAUCCACAAGUGGAGAACGGGCCUUUUUGGUGCUUCGGGCUGACCUCAUAGGCCCUGGGGUGCAGAACCCUCUUCUAGAUGUCCACUGGCGAGGCUGUGGCCAACUGGACCUGCUGGGUGUCCCCUUCGCCUCCCUGAAGGAGCAAGUUGAUAGCAAGAGACGGCAACAACUGCUGGAGGAUGCCCAACAGCUUUCAGACACUCUACACAGCCUCAGGUCUGAAGGAGAGGAGGCUGUGCUUGAAGGGCCCCCUGCGGAGGAGCCAGCCCCUGGCCAGAACACCGCUCAGCACUGCCUCUGGGUGGAUGAGUUUGCACCUCAGCAUUACACGGAACUGCUCAGUGACGAUUUUACCAACCGCUGCCUACUCAAGUGGCUGAAGCUAUGGGACCUUGUGGUGUUUGGCCGUGAGAGACCUGCCCGGAAGCCCAGACCUGGUGUAGAGACCACCCGGGUUGGGAAGGAGGCUACAGCCCCUGGCAAGUGGAAAAGCCAUGAGCAGGCACUGGAGGAGAUGCUAGAAGCUGAACUGGACCCUAGCCAGAGGCCUCGGCAGAAGGUGGCACUGUUGUGUGGCCCUCCAGGACUAGGCAAGACCACGCUGGCACAUGUGGUCGCAAGGCAUGCAGGGUAUUGCGUGGUAGAGAUGAAUGCAAGUGAUGACCGUAGCCCGGAGGCCUUCCGUACACGCAUUGAAGCAGCUACGCAAAUGGAGUCGGUUCUGGGUGUGGGUGGGAGGCCCAACUGCCUGGUUAUUGAUGAGAUCGACGGGGCCCCCACGGCGGCCAUCAACGUUCUUUUGGGUAUCCUGAAUCGCAAGGGUCCGCAGGAGGCCGACCAAGGAGGCACAGCUGUGGCCGCAGGGGGGCGGCGGCGCAGGGCCGAGGGGGGUCUCCUAACCAGGCCUAUCAUCUGCAUCUGCAAUGAUCAGUUCACACCUUCUCUGAGGCAGCUGAAGCAGCAGGCUCUUCUGCUCCACGUCCCCCCAACUCUGCCCUCCAGGCUGGUGCAGCGGCUCCAGGAGAUCUCCCUGCAGCAUGGCAUGCGCUCUGACCCGGGUGCACUGGUUGCCCUCUGUGAGAAGACCGACAAUGACAUCCGUGCCUGCAUCAACACCCUGCAGUUUCUGUAUGGGAGGGGCCGGCGGGAGCUGAGUGUGAAGGCUGUGCAGACCACUCAUGUCGGCCUGAAGGACCAGCGCAAGGGGCUAUUCUCUGUGUGGCAAGAGGUCUUCCAGUUGCCCAGGACUCAAAGGAGAAUCGUGGGCCAGGACCUGAUGCUGCCAGCCCACGCUCUCCUGCUCAGCAAUGGUGACAAGGGCUCUCUGACCCUGGCCUCCCAGCGCUUUUACCACAUCCUGCGUGUGACCACCUCUGCGGGCGAGCAUGAGAAGGUUGUCCAGGGCCUGUUUGACAACUUUCUACGCCUUCGGCUUCGGGACUCCAGCUUAAGCACCGUGUGCUGUGCCCUCGACUGGCUGGCCUUUGAUGACCUGCUGGAGCAGGCUGCCCACCGUGGCCAGAGCUUCCAGUUGCUGUGCUACUUGCCCUUCGUGCCUGCGGCCUUCCACGUGCUCUUUGCCUCCAGCCAUGUGCCACGAAUCACUUUCCCCAGCAGCCAGCAGGAGGCCCAGACUCGGAUGAGCCAGACAAGGAACCACAUACAGACACUGGUGUCAGGUAUGGCACCGACCACGCGUAGCCGGGCCACACCACAGGCCCUUGUUCUAGAUACUCUCUGCCUGCUCCUGGAUGUCCUCGCACCCAAGCUGCGCCCCGUGAGCACACAGCUGUACAGUGCCCAUGAGAAGCAGCAGUUGUCCUGCCUUGUGGGUACCAUGCUUGCCUACAGUCUCACCUACCACCAGGAGCGCACACCUGAUGGGCAGUACCUCUACAAGCUGGAGCCGAAUGUGGAAGAGGUCUGCCGCUUCCCUGAACUACCUGCCCGAAAGCCCCUCACCUACCAGGCUAAGCAGCUUAUUGCUCGGGAGAUUGAAAUGGAGAAGAUGCGCAGGGCAGAGGCUUUGGCCUGGGCUCGAAGUGGCCCCCAGGUGGACCAGGGCUCCUCAGGGCCUGCAAGUCUGUGGACAGACAGUGGGGAAAAGGGGACAAGGCAGCCUGUCCCACGUAACCAUGAGCAGCGCCUAGAACACAUCAUGACGAGAGCAACCGUGCAGGAGCAGCCUGAGAGGGACUUCUUUGGACGUGUGGUCAUCAGGAAAGUGGCAGUCCCGAGCAGAGAGGUUGAGGCCCCCCAGAAGGACGCGGACGAGUGGCGCAUGGGUGUGGCAGUGGGCAGGAGUGAGGUGUGGUUCCGGUUCAACGAGGGCGUCUCAAAUGCUGUUCGGCGCAGCCUGUACAUCAGGGACCUGCUGUAGCCCCACUGCCCCAGGACAUCAGAUCGCACUGGCUCCCACAGGGAAUGGACUAAAGCAGAGACACCCGGAGAAGUCUAUUUAUAAAGUCACACCUUACAGAGAGUGUGGGUCAGGCUCA